AUGUGCGAUGAUUUUGAAAAGGAAUACUCCAUUGUAUCAUCAGGCACCUGUGUCGAAUAUUUCAAGUCGAGAAGGCACUAUCUUCCGCAAAAAACUGUCAAAGUUGGUAGCACCAAAAAAGUACUCCGCAGUGCGACUAAAAUGUUUAGCCCACUAUACGAAGUGGAGACAGCGUUCGACCUUCAUACGUGUCCGUUGUCGUGCCCACCAGUCUACAGCCCGGUGUGUGUCAACGUGAAUCGUGGACACGGACUCUAUUUCAAAUACUUCACGUUUGUCAACCAUUGCGUCGGUGAUCUCUAUUACUGUCGCCAUUGGGAAGAAUUCAUGCCUCCGCCAGGAGAAACCGAGCUUGUAAAAAGUUCCAAGUUGAGUUGGUCGUUGUGUGCAGCUAAUAGAUAUAUCCAAUUCGCAAGAUUCACAGAGGUGACAUCUUCUAUGGGUCAUUACGGCUGGCUAGCGGGAGAUUACAGACCAACACAAAUACUGAAGCCUCACCAAAGGAAUCCAUUAUUUGGUUAGGAAGAUGCGGACUGGGCGACUCUAAACAUUGCCUAGAUUUUGCUAAGUUCUCAUCAAUGAAGAUUUUGCACCACAAAUAAAAUCUAGCAACUCUGUGUUUAUUUAUUUUUUUGGGACGUUUUUUGAAAUUGAAAUAAUAUGUCCUUUUACAGGCAAUUAUAGUUAUUUUAAUUUAUUUUUAAUAUUUUAUAUUUAGCCACCCUGUUUAGGUUGCCAUUUCCUGUUCAUAUUAUUGUAUUUGCAUAAAACAGCAUAUAAAAAAAGGUAUGUUUGAAUGUCAUAUGUAUGAUUAAUGUAGAAAAAAAAACACCAAGCUAUAAGUAAUUAUAUAUAUUUACAUUAUUAUCACACCAUUUAUGUUUAAUCAAAAGUUAUAGUAAUAGUAGGUAUAUCUACUAUAUUAACACUAUGUAAGCCUAUAAUAUAAAGGCUAAUUAAGUUAGUCCUGUUAUUAAAAUGGAGCAUAACAUAAUGUAUGUCAGUCACUUUCAUUUAAAAGUUGAAAUAAUGUCUUUAUACAGGCAAUUAUGUGUGUUAACUUGUUUUUAACUUUUAUGUUUAGCCAUCCUUUUUUUUAGA